UAGCUCGAGCAACCGCCUUUUCUCUGUGUUAAAAUCAAGUUCAAAAUAUAGCACAGAAUCCUGAAAUACAGGGACAAAGCUUAAAGAUAACAUCUUUAAUGCUCACCAACCGUUUUGAACUCUCUCUCUCUCUCAAAGCUCUUAUUCUCUUCUAGGCUCAGCUCGCUGGUUCAGAUCCAUUUCCUCUAACCCUCUCUCUGAAAGGAUGAGUAAACAAGAUACGUUGAGGAGUCAGACUUAUAUCUUCAAAGUGAAUAUACACUGUGAUGGAUGUAAGCAGAAAGUGAAGAAAUUAGUGCAGAAAAUUGAAGGAGUUUAUGCUGUACACAUAGAUGCAGACCAAGGUAAGGUAAGCGUUUCAGGAAAUUUUGAUCCAGCCAGACUCUUGCAUAAGCUAGAGAAGUCAGGAAAACAUGCAGAGCUCUGGGGACAUCAAAAAAGUUCAAACUUGAACCAAAACCAGCUCAAUAAUCAGUUCAGAAACAUGCAAAUCGAGAACGGCAAAGGGGGCAAAGACAACAAAUCUCAAAAAGGUGGGAAGGACAAGAAGGGAGGGCAACAACCACAGCACCAAAUGAAAGGGGCUAAAGAUCUGAAGGUGCCCUUUAAAGACCAGAAAUCUGUCAAGUUCAACUUGCCUGAGGAUGAAUUUGAUUUAAGUGAUGAUGAAUUUGAUGAAUUUGAUGAUUAUGAUGAUGAAUUUGAUGAAGACUUUGAUGAUGGUGAUGAUUAUGAGUUUGGUCAUGGGCCUCAUGGACAUCAAGUACCCAACAAGAUGAUGCCUAUGAUGGGCAAAGGCCAUGGACCGUUUGGGCCUAAUGCUAUGAUGAAUGGUCCUCCCAUGAAUGAGAAAAGGGGUGGUGGGGGUGGGAAUGCCAAGAAAGGUGGUGUUAUUGAUAUUCCUGUAAUGAUGAAGGGUGGUAAGGAUGGAUUUCAAGACAGCAAGAAAGGUAAUGGAGGAAAGAAAGGCAGUGAUGGUGGUGGGAAUAAGAAAGGAGGGAAGCAAAACCAAGGUGGUGGAGAUAAAAAAGGGAGCAAAAGUGCCGGUGGAUUGUUAAGUGGGUUGCUAGGGUUUGGUAGAAGUGGUAGCAAACGAGAGGGUGGCAGUGGUAAGAGUACCAGUAAAAAUGGCAGUAAGGGUGGUGGUGGAAACAAUAAUGGCACUGGGAGUAAGAAAGGUGGAGCCAAGAAUGAUGGGGUCCACGAAGUCAGCAAAAAGAAAAAUGGGUUCCACGAUAUUGAUGUUGUUUCUACUAAUCAUGGCAAGGGAAGCAAAGGUGGAGGUGGCGUUGGCGGUGGUGGUGGGGGUGGAGGUAGGGCCGGGGGUGGGAAUGUUGCUCAGAUGGGCCAGAGAGGACAAAUGGGCUAUACUAGUGACUAUCCAAUGGGCCCAGUGGGCCCAAUGGGCCAAGUAGGAAGAAUGGGUCCAAUGGGCCCCUAUCCAAUGGGCCAGAUGGGCCAAGGAGCACAAAUGGGCCAGAUGGGUAACUAUCCAAUGGGCCAGUUUGGAAAUAUUCCGGCAGUGCAAGGUCUACCUGCACCAGCGGCAAUGAACGGUGGAUAUUAUCAAGGAAUGGGGCCAGGCAAUCCGUACAACCAACAAUACAUGGCGAUGAUGAUGAAUCAACAAAGGGCAAAUGGGAAUGAUAUGUACCAACCAAUGAUGUAUGGUCGGUCUCAUCCGGCCGUCAAUUACAUGCCGCCGCAGCAGCAGCAGCCGAUGCCUUAUCCCGUGGCCGAUCCUUUCACUCACAUGUUCAGCGAUGAGAAUACUGGUAGUUGUAGUAUUAUGUAAAUUUGGGGGGGUUAGUAAAUUCUAUUUUGGUUUGUUUU